CUCUUAUUAACAGACCAAGGUGAAUUCUACAUAUCUCAGAUAUCCCUUACCCAAAUGUCCCCAUUUCACGAAUCACCGAUCAAUUCCGCAAAGUGCAGGCUCUGCGGGUUUUAUGCUAACAAUUAUUCCAAACCCGCGCGUCCCAUCCUUAGUAAAACGCCCCGCGUAAUCGGCCACGUUUCAUAGUGGCAAGAUACCCUGUCCUUUACUUUGGUCUAUAUCAACUGCCAGCUGCAGAAAGGCUCUUGAUGGUGAUGAGCACGUGGCGACGACUAGCCUAGCCCAACCAAAGAUGGGAGUCGUCCUCCUUCGUCGGGACGGGAAUGAUUUAACGGAUCUCCAAGGAAACAACAUCCCCAAGAACGAUGAAAACUUUACCACCGAGGACUCAAAAGUCCUACUGAUAAUUUCUUUGAGCAUCAUAGGAGCGCUCCUACUUAUAUGCGGUCUGAUACAAUACUUCACUGUUCGUGGUAGAACCAGCGGAGAUAAUGUUCCGCGCAGUGAGAAACAAAUCUUGACGGCGCUUCGCCGAGAGGUCAGGCACACGACGUUUGGGAAAUGGGAAAAUGGAAACACGACCGAUAAAGUAAUGGCUGACUUUAGUUCUCCGGUAUGUGUAAUUUGCCUUGAGGCCAUUAAGACCAAUGACACGAUAUAUCACUUGCAUUGCGACCACUUAUACCAUCAACGAUGUAUGGAAGAGUGGGCAACGACUAGCCAUCCCUUUUGCCCUUUAUGCCGUCAACCGAUUUAUGGUAAAACAACACAGAAGCAAAGCACGCAAACGCAUGCAUCACGGGCCCCGCAAAGUUUGGUGGUGUCUUGACGAGCCUAGGGGGCUUAUCAUACCGGUUUAGAUGAAAUUGUGAGCGCAAAGUCGUUGGCUUAGCACAAUGAUAUUGAUACAAGUA